AUGCCGGGAAUUGGUUAUGGCAACAACAGAAGGACGCGGCAUAUGUUGCCGAAUGGUUUCCGGAAAGUACUGAUCUAUAAUCCCCGCGACUUGGAAUUUCUUCUUAUGCAGAAUGCUCGAUAUUGUGGUGAGGUUGGUCACGCUGUUUCCGCCAAGAAAAGAAAACUUAUUCUUGAACGGGCUCAACAGUUAAACAUCCGCUUGACGAAUGGUCACGCAAGGUUACGUACAGAAGAAAAUGAAUGA